UUGUUUACGUGUAAUGUUAGUGGUUAAGAUAAUAAUGCACAAUGGAAAAGCCUGUAUAUUAUUAUUGUACGACCGAUCGAAAGAGAUAGCAAUAUGCUAAAGGCUUGGGUUAGAAUAGAAUAGUGAUAAAUUACGAUCUUCCUUAAAUACCAAUAGAUGCAACUUUAUUCAUAAAAAAACUUCUUUUCAAUGUCACAAUAGCAGACAGCAAGAUUAUUGUAAACAAUUCUGCACGUUUAUCAAGAGGUGUUAUCGUCGAUUUUUACCACAAAAUAACCUAAGGACUCAUCAAGGUUAACCUGUUAAGUUGAAUUUUUCUUAUUAAUGCUUGGUUUGCCAGCUUACGGGUUACGUACAAAAUACUUGGACAGUUAGAAAUGCCUGGUUUCGCCAACGUUUUCUGAUUGGUCCCUUACCAUUUUGUCUCAUUUAAAUUGUCUUCUUAGUUUACAUAACGUGCUAACGCCAUAAUACAUGUGAACUUCAUUGAAUACAGAUUUACGUCGGUGUAAAAUCCAAUCAAUUAAAGUUUAAAUUUGCAUUGGAAUGAUUUCCCAUGGAUUUCUACUUCUAUUCUUUUCGUUCAUUUUAUCAAUUACCGCCAGUACCAAUUAUUUUAAAUACACCGGACCGAACUUAACAACGACGGAGAACGAAACUUUCACAGAAUUUUAUUUAAUAAAUCGCAGAAAUGUUCUGCACGUAACAGAGAAUGUCACUUUUAAUCAUUUCCUUCCAAAAUGUUGUCCGCCAAAUUAUAAAUACGAAAAAGGUGAAAGAAAAUGCGUUAGAAGUAACGACACCUCUAUAAUAAAUGAAUUGGGAAUGAAUAACGUUGAUGAUGUCUAUUUAAUCAAAUCCGGAUUAAGAGAUUGCGAAGUCAUCGUAGAUCAUGUAUUGCUUUUGGACGAUUUUAAAAGUGUCUUGGGAAAUUACAAACAGAUACGAUACAAAAAUGAAACGUUUGCCUCGGGAAAAUAUUGCGUGGAUGGUAUUGAUAAUGACAGCGAAUAUGAAAAGGAAUUUAUUUUACGGUUGUGUUAUGGUCCCGAAUAUUGCAGAAAUCGAGAAUUGAGAUGUUUGAAAAAAUGUUGUCCUGAUGGAGAAAUAUAUAUAGGACGAGAUUGCCAUGCACAACCAGAAUACGGUUUUCCCACAGAAUAUUAUAGUGAUAUCAUAGUUAAUUUCACAGACAACUUUGCGAUAUUUAGCCAAAAGAGAAUAUGUAAAUUACAUUUUUCAAAUAUAACUCACGAAAACAUAACAAUCUUCGAAAAUGGUUCUAUUAGUUAUACAGUGGGUGGACCAUGGCAGACGCACAAUGUUGAAGAUGAAAUGUAUUGCUUCGAAUUGGGGCUUUCCAACAAUUUUCUUACACCUUAUUUACUCAUGUGCAACAAUAUUGAAGAGAGAAACAAUAUUAAAUAUUGGUUUAGCAGAGUGGUGAUGUCACUUUCUUGCGUUUGCUUUAUCGCCACUAUGAUGGUGUAUGUUUUCUUGUACAAAUUGAAAAAAGUUAUACAUCGCAUAGUAUUUUCUUAUUGUUUAGCCCAAUUUACGGGAUUUGCUACAUUGACUUAUUUACAAAUUGAUCCUGAACCACCACAACCUACUUGUUCAGUGCUAGGAUUUCUUGUGUUAUUCGGAUUUCAUGCUGGAUUUUCGUGGUUAACAGUUAUGUGCUUUGAUAUGUGGAGAACGUUGGGAUCGAUGUCACCAAAGGUUGGUAAUAACAACAAAUCUGAAUUGAAGAGAACUUUUUAUUAUUGCAUGUACGGUUGGUUAGUUCCAUCAUUUAUUACAGUAUUUUGUUAUUUUGAAAACAAAUACAGUUUUUUUCCCGAAAGUUUACAUGCUUAUAUUGGAGAUUUAUUCUGUUUGUUGGAAAAACGAGUACAAGAAGGAAAUUAUGGACACACCAUGUUUUUUAUAAUUCCGAUAACUUGUGCUAUUAUUGUUAAUAUAAUAUUUUUCGUUUUAACCGUUCGAUAUAUUAUUGAUGCCACAGAAAACGUUAGAAAAAUGAGUGAUACUAAGAAAGAAAAGAAGGAGGCGUUGUAUGCCUUAAAGAAAAGGACUUUUAUGGCACUAAAACUUUUUCUUGUGAUGGGUAUCAAUUGGAGCUUUGAAAUUAUUUCGUCAAUAAUCAGUUUUAAAGAAUACACAAUCACUACUUACAUUGAAUUAUUUUUGGAUACAUUUAAUUGCUUUCAAGGUGUGUUUGUUUUUUUGAUAUUCGUCUUAAAAUGGAAAGUAAUCAAAUCCAUUAUGGAAAAGUUCAAGAUUAUUGUUGUUAGUAGUGUUAGUAGAUCAACUUCGCUUGCUUCAACGUCGGGUUAAAACAUCCAAUUAUAAAUUGUUAUAAUAACAAGUUUAUUACUUUAUUAAAAAUUAAUUCUUAA